AUGCUCCUGGGUGCGCUGGCGGGGCGCGCCGGGGUGCGCCGGAAGCACGGCUGGCGCCUGAUCUGGGGCUGCUCGGUGCCUCUCGGCAUCGCGGCCAUCGCGGCCAUCCUGCGGCUGCCGGACACGCCGCGGUCCAUCUUCCGCCGCGCGCAGGCGCUGGCCCUGGGCGGCCGCCCGCGCAGCAGCCUGGUGCCCCGCGAGGAGGUGGCGGCGGACGACCGGCGGCGGCUCGAGGCGCUGCUGGGCGCCGCCCGCGUGGAGGCCGAGCAGGCGGCGUGCCGCUUCCGGGGCCUGGAGGCAGUGGACCGGGCGCUGGCAGAGGAGCUGCAGGAGAUCCAGGAGGCCGCGCUCGCAGACGUCCUGGGCGACGAUACCGCCUCCUCCAGCUCCGCCCCCGCUGUCCCCGCCGGGCAGGGUCCUCGCGGGGAGCGGGAGUUUGAGCUGUCUCUGGCCGAGGUUCUGGCCUCGCCCGCGCACCGCGGGGCGUUGCUGGUGGGCGCGAUGGUCAGCACCCUGCCCGCCAUGUGCGGCCAGGAAGCCCUCUUCCACUACGCCCCUCAGACGUUCGGUCUGGUCGGCUUCGACCCAGGUGCCGGUGGCGCAGACUUGACGGUGGUGCUCUACUUCGUGAAGCUGGCCGCGGCGUUGCCAUCCUACCUCUGGCUGGACCAGCUUGGCAGACGGCCGCUGGUCGCCGGCGGACUCACCGCCGUCUGCGGCAGCUACCUCGGAGCUCUGGGCGCCAUGCAGCUGCGUCCGCACAAGGGGGGCCGCAGUGCAGCGGCGGGCCUGUCGUUGCUGGGCGGCGCGCUGGCCUACCAGGUAGCAGUCGGCCCAGUGUCCUGGAUCGUGCCGGCGGAGAUCUACCCCUCAAACAUGCGGACCUUGGGGCUCACGCUGAGCAGCGUGGCCUACUCGGCCACGACGCUGGUGGUGGUGCAGAUGCACCCGCUGAUGGUGCGCGCGGGGCCCGCUUGCUGCUUCGGCACCUGCGCCGCCGCCUCGCUGGGGUCCCUGCUGGUGACGCGCGCGCUGCUGCCCGAGACGCACGGGCACAGCCUCGAGGAGAUCCAGGCCGAGGUGCUGUCGGGGCGCAUCUUCCAGCGCGGGUCCAUGCUCGGCGUGCCCUCCGCUCUGGGCCUGGGCGAGGCGCCGGCCGCCGGCCGCGCGGCAGGCGCCCGACGGCCCGGGUCGCUCGACUGA